GCUGGUGCGGGAGCAUCCGCAGCGCCCCCCGCGGAGGAAGCACCUCCCGCGACGGUGGCGGCGGCGGCGGCGCCGCAGACGGCGCCGCCGGGCGGUGCCAAGAAGAAGCCGGGUCGGCCGCGGACGGCGACGGCUGCUGCUACAGCGGUGGCGACACGUGGACAGCAGGCGAAGCAGCUGCAGCAGCCAGCUGCUGCUGUGCUGGCGCCGGCGCCGGCUGCAGUAGCUCCUCCUGCCGUACAACAACAGCCGCAGCAGCCAGCUGUCGUGGCGGAUGAGGAGUUCUUGAGUCGCACUUACCGGGGAGUCAGCAGGCGCCUCAACUUUGACGACAUGUAGGUCACGGGGCGAAGAACUUGUAGUAGGCGGGGUGGGGCGACUUCUCGCGGGACCAAGCUUGACUGAUGAUGGUUGUGCGAAAAGGAUGCGUGGAGUGUUGCUUUCAUGCAAUCGGCUCUACAAGGUGACCCCUGUCGGGUGCGGGCGAGAAGACGAUCAAGUCCAUGAUUGAGUCUCUGUGAGUCUCUGCUUGGGCUACAUGUGGGGACGUAAGGACUCUGGCGUGCGACCGGCAGGUUGGUUGUGCCGUUUCACGUGUGCGUUUGUGGUUGAGAGUUGGCUUGCUCCUUAGACUUUAGACCUGACAGCAGCAGUGGCUACACCUUUAGGCAGGCUUGGCGCAACGGUUCGGCAAAGCAGAGCUGGGUUGGUCCAGGGAGGUUGAAGCAUAGGAGCCUGGCGGCGGAGUUGUGUUGUGGCGAUGUGGGGCUUCGUUGGCGUGUACGCAAAGCCAACGAGUUUGACGUAUAUUACCGUUGUCGCGGACGUUGUUGCCUUUCGCAUGUAGCCGUCUUUGUUGGCAAGAGGCGCAUUGCGCGGACCACCCAUAGGUGUGUUGUUGUGUUUGUCUGACCAGCGGCAUUUGAAGGGUUCGGCGUAGUCCCGUCGCAGGUGGAGGUUGUUUUGCUGUUGACUAGGGGUUGACUGCUGAGGCCCAUUUCAGUGUUGGCUCGUGUCUGAAAGGACGCCUUGUGCGUGCUAGUUGGGCCAUACGGAGCUCUUUCCUAUCAGGUUGAUAUUGGUACUGGUAAAUUGACGAUUGGCAAUUUGCAAGUUGGCGUGGGCCUGCCAGGCACAGACUUGGCCAUCGCAGCCUGGCCAACACAAGGUUUUGACCCUUGGGCCAUCUGCCAAAAUGCCUGGUAUGAACCACGGCUCAUGACAAAUUUAUGACAACAUGUUACAUCAGGAUAACUGCACCGGA